AUGAGUGCGCAAGAAAACGAAGACGCUAUGGAAACCACCGGCAUCAACGGCUCCAUCGAGCCCUCCACCUUCAAGCUACUCGACCACCUGCAGACCCCACAAUACGUGCGCCUCUACGACGAAACGCAAAAGCUUAAGGAACGCGUCAACGAUUUGACGUCGUACCAACAAGCACACCCAAGAACUUCCAAGGCACCCUCUACGCCCUCAGAAAUUGAUGCCGAGAAGAAGAUACAAAACCAGCUGGACCUUCUGGAAAAGAGGCUACGAGCGCAGCUGGCGAUGACACGCACGGUGUAUCGCGCGUGCGUUUUGAAGAUACGGGAAGAGAAGGCGGAGACGGCAGAGAAGAAAGCCGCGAAUGACGCGCUGAUAUUGGGCCUGCAUAAUCUGAAGUAUGAGGAGAGCAGUUUGAGGAGCGAGAUCGCGGCCGCGCAGAACUACGACCACAAGUACACGAAGCUCCCGCUCAUUCCCACAGACGAGUUCAUCGAGAAAUACCCACAAUUCGCGGAGGCAAGCGAGCACGAGCUUACUAUUGCGCGCAUCGAGCAGGAGCACCAGGAUCGCGUGGAACUGGAGGCGAGAAGGCAGGAGAAGCUCAAGCAGAAGCAGAAGCUCAUUGCUGAGGUCAAGAAAAGCAAGGAUGAUCUUACGAGGCUGGAUGGCAUGGUGGAGAAAUUUGUGGAGCACUUUGAGCCGAUCAGAAAGGUUUUGGCUACGGAGUAG